CUCUCUCUCUCUCUCUCACUCGCGUAAAAUUCUCACUCUCAGAAACGACGCCGUAACUCGCAGUUUGACGCCGGCCGACAAUAUGGGUUUUCCGGUGGGUUACACGGAUCUUUUCCUCCCCAAGAUGCUGGUUCACGUCUUCACAGUCUUAGGUUUCAUCAGAACAUGUAUUUGCCUGAUUUUCAGCGUGGUAGGUCUCGGGGAUUUCCUGGAACCCGAAAUGGCGUUCCAGAACCGGGUUGAAACCGGGUCGGAGCCCCACUCCGUGUCGGCUACCCUGAUCCGGGAGCUCCUGCCGGUGGUGAAAUUCUCGGAGCUGGCGGACCCGCCGGAGAGCUGCGCCGUGUGCCUGUACGAGUUCGACAGGGACGACGAGAUCCGACGGCUCACGAAUUGCCGCCACAUAUUCCACCGGAGCUGCCUCGACCGUUGGAUGGACCACGACCAGAAGACCUGCCCGCUCUGCCGGACGCCAUUUAUACCGGAGGAUAUGCAGGAGAGCUUCAAUGAGCGCCUCUGGUUGGCCUCCGGGAUUUCCGAUUUCUACGGCGAGUACUCGCCGAUUGCGGCCGGUUUGUAGCCGCCGCCGUGUUUUACUCUCCGUAAAAUGUAUAUAUUACCCAUUUACCCCCCCUUAAAAGAAAAGGGACAAAAAACAUAAGGGGCCGAGAUGAGAGAAGAAAGAAAGACUUGCAAUAUGUAUAGUUGUAGUUGUCAAUUUUGUGAGCCUCUUAAUGAAAUCCAUAAUUUUAUUCUAAAGA